AUGUCGUAUGUAGAGCAGUUCCAUAUGCCUGGCGCAUUCAAUUUUGACACAACGGUGUCAAGCCAACCGUUACAUGCCGACGUGUUCCGACCUCCGCCAUCACCGCCACCAUCAAACUACAACCUUUCCAAGUCAACUGGAAGCUUGCUGUCCGAUAUCUCGAUGCCAAAUGCACCGCAAUAUACAGGAACGGCAAAACGGAAAAGGGCGUAUACGAGGGACUCCAUACCAGGAGGUUGGGGUACAGAUGAAAAGCGGGAUGGAGAGUCCAGGUACACUUUAGCAGGUCAGAUCGGUACCACUCCGACAGAUGUUCCAGCAGGUGCUGGCAGUGGUCUGGAUGACAGUGUCUAUUCCGACGUGAAUUACAGAAGAGCCCUCGGCCCCAAAGAACCUCAUGGAGCGGAGUCCCCAACGUCAACAACGUGUGAAGCAAAUCCCACGGCCCUUUCCUUUGCGCCAUGGAAGCUAUUCUCCCUUCAAACGAUAGGAGAGGUGAUGGGCAAGGUUUGGGAAUUUUGCAAGAACGGCGCAUUCAGGGGCUUCCAUGCAGGAGGUGGCACGGGCUACAACAUUAAUGGGUCAACCGUGACCGAGGCGACAGGAAAGCCGUUAAGUUCUGAACUAGACACGCAAGUGCAGUCAAUAGCAGAGACGCCCACAGCUCAACAGACCCCAGCAUACGUGCCUGAUGGAACAGAACCCAGCUUCGCCUCGUACCCCGAGCCUAUCAGCCCUGAACCAACGCCUACGCAUGCUGUCAAGCGCAGGCAAGUGAGCGCGAACAAUGAUGAGUUGAGGAACUGGGUUGUCGUGGACGAGCCGGCUCAGCAGAAGGCGAGGUCAUUUGGCGCUGAGGUUAAGGCUACCGCUUCCAGAACCAGCGGCCUGGUGAGGCCACGAAUGGGAUACUACUCGCAGACGUCGCUUAGUAGCCAUCGUCGCAUCAAUUUAUCGUCCCCAAGAUAUGCUGGAGUGACCUCAGGCCUUCCACGUCCCGUUAGCCGCCCCUCAACAGCCAUUUCUUAUGUCAAUACUCCCACUCUCCCCCCUCGCGAGCCGGCCAGCUACGCAAACCCACGACUCUCCCCAACAUCACGGACUACCAGCACUCCAAGCCGCAUUCCCGUUCCCGUCAACACCUCUCCCCAGCAAUCUCACAGCCCUACCUUUUCCAACUCCACGCCCACAGCAACAACCAGCUUCCGCAGCUCCGUCUCUCGCCCCUCCAGCCGCCAAUCCGUUCGCCCUACCAGCCGCCAGUCUGUUAGGCACAGCCUCGGUGCGACUGGCCUACUACGUCCCGUAUCUCCCACCAAAAUCGGCCACCACCGCCGCAAUCAAACCAGCAUCUCCUCCCCUUCGUCUUUCCUCAAGUCCUCAACGUCGUCCAACCGCCGGCAUAGUGGCUUCUUGGCGGGUCCACCCAGCAGCUUUGCGAUUGGACACAGUGCCGACGACGAUGAUGAUGAGACGAUGGACCUGUCGUUUGACGCGGCGCUGAACAUUGAGCGGAGUCAGAGGCUUGAUCCGGAGGCAAUCGCGCUUGCGCAGGAGAGGUUGGCGGUUGAGAGGGAUGUGGACUCGAAGGUGGAUGAGUUUAAUCAGAUGCUGUUGAAUAUGAUUAGGCAGGGAAGAGAGGCGCUGGGGACGAAGGUUGAGGUGGAGUUUUUGGAUGAUGAUGAUAAGUGGGUUGAUGAUGAGUAA